AUCACUAUUGUCAAGGCCAUUGGUAUCUUGAUCCAGCUGACGCCAUACCACAGAUUACAGCCAGGCCUUUUUUCCAGUCUUGUGCCAAUUCUCUGUAACAUGCUAUUUCGGACCUGUGAGGGUGGUCCUCGAUCUUCGGAUAUACUUGCUGGGGUGUUGACGUCUUUCGCCAACAUUCUUGCUAAGCCAUUUGGUCCUUUGAAUGAGGUCUCUCGUCUCUUGUCCAAGUCUUGGCCUCCCGGCACCUCUGACUGCCCAUAUCUUCGCAUCUCGUCUUCUUCAUCUACGAGUAAAAAGGGCCACGGAAGCGCUUCGAUACAGACCUCCGACCACCAGGCAACUACCGCAAGUUCCUCAUCUCCAGCUGACGCAUGCAGGAUUCAGUCGGCCACAGAAGUGAUAAUCGAUCCAUCCAUUGUAUCAAUCGGGACCGCUUUGGAUCUGGCCAAUAAAAAUGUGAGCAGGCCGAAUCGGGAGGCCGAAAAAAAUAGCAUAGGUUCAGUGAAUGCUGGCGGCGGUGACGGGGAAGAAAACCAGACAGAACAAUCGAGCCAACAGGUCCUGGUCACUCCGUUUCAGCCUCCUGAGCACAUUAACCCUUCGGCAAUCUCCAAACUCGGUGGGAAGAGUCCUGAAUCAUUGCGUCGACUACCGGACAUGUUGAAUUCAAACCAGUUAUCCUCCAGUUGGCUUGUUAAUAUAUGCUUACUGCUUCUACAUCCAAGAGUAGUCGGGCUUUCGAGAGAAGACGAAGAUGGGGAAGCGACAGAAGCCGAACGCCAGCUAGAAGAUAAACUUAACCCGGCGCAGAGAACCUUUUCCUCCAUGAUCCCUUAUACAAAUCCGCUUGGUGGGAAUGCUCCAACUACAAGUCAAGCUUGGUCGGAUAGCGUAUACUCAACUUCCGUGCGGAUUCAGGCGCUAGCAACAUUGAGAUGCCUAUUUCCGCACUACGCCAUACAUCUGCUACCUGACCUAUCAAUCAUCCGACAGGCUUUACUCUUAUGUCUGCAGGUCAGUUCAUUUUCACAGCACAUGAUUUUAGUUCAAAGAAAAAAGUUAAAGAUUUCGACAAGUUGGCCCAACGCUCAGUGUGAGCUGGAACAAUAUUUUGAUCUUUUCAGAGAGCUUGAUAGUUGUACUUAA